UGAUGGUUUUGUUACAAGAAAGGUGAAAACAUAUUACAAAAUCGGGGAAAAAUUCUUGGACAUUUUUUAAGUGAUACACGCUCGUUAUUUUUAAAUAAAUUUCUAUUGUCGUCAUCCGGCCGGAAAAUUAUGGCAUCUGAUAGUGAGGAUUGUAAUACAGUUGAUAUGCCGCAUACGUUUAGUGAUUAUACAACAAUGUUAGAAGAUCCAAGCCAGUUAGCAAAUAACAACCAUCGUGGUUCACCAUAUGCGAACAAUAAUACCAACUGUCUAGAAUCGACACCAUCCCCACGUGAUGUAAGUGCAAGUGGUCAUAGUCCUGGCGCACAAAGUCCAGUAUAUUCACAUUAUCCUGGUGCACCUACAAAUAUACACGAUACGCGACAAUAUGACCAACAAACUAAUUAUGAAACGAACACACAGUGUGAAUUAAUAUUAGGUCCUCCACCUGUCACACAAAUGCUUCAACAGAAUACAUCCGCGAAUCCACAAUCUCAUAAAUCACAGUUUUGGAGUGAGAUGAUACCAAACCAUGAUAUCUACGAUAGUUAUCGCGCUGCGGCCUACGGUAGUGCUGCACCAAAUGAAUAUCAUUCACAUCAUUUGCAUCAACAUUCAUCACAUUUUGGUCCGAUUCGUGGUGGUCCCACAUCCGGUACGAACUAUGAUCAUACAAACAAUCAAAAUUCAAUGUUAUUUAGUGCAAAUAAUCCAAGUGUUGUUAAUCCAACGGUACGUCAUACAUUUGGACCAAAAUUAAAUGGUCCACAAAAUGGAGUAGGUGGUGGACCACAACAAAAUGGUAGUGCAAAAAGUAUAAAAGAAGCGCGUAUCAGACGACCAAUGAACGCGUUUAUGGUAUGGGCAAAAGUUGAACGAAAAAAAUUAGCCGAUGAAAAUCCUGAUUUACAUAAUGCGGAUUUGUCAAAAAUGUUAGGAAAAAAGUGGCGUUCUUUAACACCACAAGAUCGACGACCAUAUGUGGAAGAAGCAGAACGAUUACGUGUCAUACAUAUGACAGAACAUCCGAAUUACAAAUACCGACCACGUCGUCGGAAACACAACAAGCAACGUGGCACACCAGGUCCACAAGGUGUUGGUUCAAAUAUUGGUAGUCCUGGUACACUGUUAUCUCCAAAUAAUGCACAAAAUCCACAACAACGUCAAAAUAAUUUAAAUUUACAUAGCCCAUUGACACAACAAAGUCCAAAUACGUUGGUAAUGGGUCAUAACAUACAAUCACCCAGUUUUAGUCCAAGUAACACAAACUUAAGUAGUCCAGGUGGUGGAACACAAAAUUCACCACGUUAUGUAGCGCUAAAUAGUCCAAGUCCAGGUGGACGAUAUGUCUCAUCGACUGGAUCCAAUAUAUACAUUCCAAAUAAUACAAAUUUAUCAUCACCCAUACCUGGUGGUAAUCCAAUUCAAUCUUAUAAUAAUGAUUACGAUUUCACCAAUUCACCAAGUGGUGGAUCCGAUGUUAAUUCGUCUUCAUCAGCCGCGUUGCGGCGUUUAUCAAACAAUAUCCAAUCAAAUUAUCAACAAAAUUCACUGUACUAUGCUAACAGCAAUCAAACUUAUCAAAAUAGUUAUAGUCCAAUGAUUUUAUCAAAUUCUUUAAACAGUGCUUCAUCCCCAGUGGUGAAAUCAGGAUCAUUUAACAAUAUAUUACAUACCCCUGAAUCAAGUCCUACACAUAGUCCAGAACCAUCAUCCAAUAUUAAAAAAGAGAACAAAGACGAAAAGAAUAGCGAUAAUUCCAAAAAUUCAAACAGUCAAAUGUCAAAUAGUAGUAACAGCAACAAUGAUAACAAUGAUACAACGGCAGCAGCAUUACCGACACCCGAAAUGUCACCCUUAGAUCAAGAAAAGAACUAUGCAUAUGCAAAUAACAAUAAUCACACUAGCGGUGACUUAUUGAAUGAGAAACGUUCAACAAUUAUUGAUAGUUCAUAUCAAAGACAAAAUAGUUAUUCAACUUUAACAUCUGCACAACAGCAACGUAACAAUAACAGUCCUCAACCUAAUACAAAUGGCAUUAUACGCCCUAGCGGUCAAACUACAAACUAUCGUCAAAUAAAUUAUACAAAUUCCGAACCAAUACAAUCGAUGCCAAUGGCAAAUGGUUUAUACCAUGUUACAAUGUGUGCAAAUCGUUCAAGUUUAGAACAAGGUCACGUUGUAACGGGUACAUUUUUCCCACCUGUUGCAACAUCACAUGAUAAUCAAUUAUUAGGUACUAACAUAUCCACACAAACAUUAGCCCAAAAUAAUUAUUAUAAUAAUCAAUAUUCAACGGUAUCAACAUAUCCAACACAAACAAAACAUGAAUAUUCAACAUCAUUGAAUUUAAUGACAGAUAAUAACAAUGCGCAUGACCUAAAUAAAGAGCAACAAUAUUUAAAUUACGCGGGCUAUCACCAUCAUCAUCAACAUCAGCAUCAUACACCAACCAGUGGUGUGAACUAUUUACAACAAACAAAUGAAGGUCGCCAUCAUCAUGAAACAACAUCAAACAAUUCAAAUCAAGAUAUGACGUCACAUACCAAUGAUGACGUUGUAAAUAAUGAUGCAACGAAAUAUUCAACUGAUGUAGAUACACGUGAAUUUGAUAAAUAUUUAAAAUACAAUAACAAUACAAUGAUGGGAAUUAAUAAUACAAAUAAUAAUAAUAACAAUAACAAUAAUAGCAUAGACUCAAACCAUAAUUAUAGGAAUACAACAAGUAGUGUCAUCUAUUCUAAUAAUAAUGCAUUACAAUAUCAUCAUCAUCAACAAAUUAUUCAACCGGUGCAACCAACUGCCCAACAUACAUCAGUUAUUUUACAAAAUACAAAUAUUAAAAGUGAAUCAACACCCACAAAUUGUGGCUAUAAUAAUAUUAGUGAUUUAUAUAGUGAUCAUACGCAAUCCUCAUUAAUGGCAUCACAAUUAGCUGCGCAUAACAAUGCAACAACAGCGGUUGCCGCGCAUUUAAAGGCGAAUGCAACGGCUGCUGCACCACCAUCGUCACAAACAAAUCAAGAUGAUUUUUCUGUGAUUUUAGCUGAUGUACGAAAAACUUGCUAUAGUAGUUGAAAUAACAUGAGAAAUACCAUUAUGGUAACUAAUUGUAAGUGUUAAAUAUACAUAGGUUACUAUACUUUCCUGUAGUAGUUGAAUUAAAGUUUAAACAAUUAAAUCUAUUUUAACGGAUUUGUGUUCAGCAAAUCCCAUCAAAACAAAUGAAAGUAACUUCCAUUUCAUUGGCUGUUAUGAAAAAACAUUAUGCUAAACUUCAAUUUCAAGCCAAUGGAAGAUCAUUAAAUUAUAUUUCGCGAACAAAAUUACUAGGAACUUUAUAAAUCGGUCCCAACUACAGAUAUCACAUUUGUACAUAGUUGCUCUGUAAAUAUUUUUUUGUACAUAUUUCAAUUAGAUACAAUCUUAACUUUAUUCGAAAACGGCACUAUUUGAUCACAGGCGAAGGAAAAGAACGACAGUUGAUAAUAAGAUAAAUCAGUUUCUACUUUCCCAUUGCCACGGCCGUAAUUCAAGCUGUAUAUUUGAAGAUCUAACGAAAUAUUUACAAAACUUAAUAAAAACACUAUAAAUAGUGCAAUUUAAACUCAUAUCUCAGUGUUAUGGGGCCGAAUAAGUACUAAAAAUUUUUCGGUAAUGUUAAAUAAUAAAUAGAUUCCAUGUUAUUAGAU